AGACCUGCCUACUGCAUCAUAUCUCUCCGUUUCUUUGACUUCAACUGCUAGAUCUGGUAAAAAAAAAAAAUAUAUAUAUAUAUAUAUUACCAUGCAAUUUUUUCUUUUAAACAUCAAUUUUACUUGUUAAUGUAGUUGAGAUCGGACAUUGUUUUUUUUUAUCCCAGCACUAAAUUUCCAAGAUUAUUCUUCACCAUGUCGAGGCAGCCAGCACAAUAUCACCAGCAGGGUGCCUAUUUGGCUCUGAUGAGAGGUUUGAAUGAGGUGGACCUUUGUGGCCCUUCUGUGCCCUCUAACCUGAUUCUGACAGGAGACCAUGCCUUUCCUUUGGUUAUGAACAACCAAGGCCAGGUCCUGAUGGCCGCCUCUCAGUUUGGUUCCGGAAGGAUUGUGGUCUUGGGUCAUGAGACCUACCUGACAACAUUUGCUGCUCUUGUAGAAAAUGCACUGACCUGGCUCAGAGGAGAGAGAUCAGAGAACCUGUCAGUGGACGUCCACACAAGCGUUAAAGCAGUGGUUGAUUAUCUCACCAGAUCCAGUUUCCAAACCAGAGUUGUCGGGGCAUUCCAAAAGAAUUCGAAUGCCGGUGUGUAUGUAACAGAUGCCUACAGCCUUGGUACAGAUGUAACGGACCUGGUGGCUUUCCUGAAAAAUGGUGGGGGAGUGUUGAUCGGAGGGCAAGCGUGGCAUUGGGCUGCAAAUCACCCAAAGGAAAACACUCUGUUUCAGUUUGGAGGGAAUAAACUUUCUGGUGUGGCCGGGAUUUACUUUUCUGAACAUCCGGGGGAGGCUGAAUGUCUGCCUGUGUACCCUCAGAUUCCAUCUUCCUGGAUGAGUGUUGUUAUCGGUAAGGAUUUUGAGGAAGACCUAGAGUUCUUACUGCAUGGAAUAUCCGAGUUUGACCUCUCUGGUAAUCAGAUUGCUUCUGAGAUUCUUGUUCAUGGCCAGCUUGCCUUCCCUGUUGCAAUGGCAGACGACAAACGGACAUUUUUGGCCGCCUCUUAUUAUGGACUGGGGCGUGUCAUUGUUGUGAGCCACGAACAGUAUCUGCAAAGAGAGGAGCUGGCUCCAUUUUGGAACAACGCAAUUCACUGGUUGACCAAAGACCGACAUGGCACUAUUGGCAUUCUGAGACGUGACGACCUCAAACUUUUCAGGGAUUCUGGCUUCAAGUGUGAGGAGACAGACUUCCGGAAAGACCUGAGUGUGUUUGUGGGCUCAGCAUAUAAUGACAAAUAUGCAGAUGAGAUCCAAGACUUUGUAGCAGAGGGGGGAGGCCUGUUGAUUGGUGGCCAUGCCUGGUACUGGGCACAACAACACAACGACCAAAACCCAUUUACAGAGUUCUCAGGGAACAAAAUCAUCAACAAAAUGGGCCUGAGCUUGUUGAGUGCAACCAUUAAGGGAGGUGUCUUCAAGGCCCCUGUGCCCAGCAAGACCGUCAAAGACACCUACCACUUCCGCCACCUUCUGCAGCGCUUUGCUGCUCAUGUAACUCAGGGAGAGAAUCUUACCCAGCAUGAGGAGCAGUGCCUUAAAAGGCUUGGAAAGGACUGUGCGGCCUUCUUAAAGAUGAAUGCCCACGACUGCUGCCCAUAUAAUCAGGUCCUGUCCACCCUCACAAAUGUCCUGAAAAGAUCAGGCAUGCCUCAGGUAUGUGACAGCUGCCCGGUGAAGUCUCCCAAAGACCACCUGCUUCUCAGUGUGGGCACAGAAGUAUACAAGGUUUGCCACAAUCCUGACAGUCUGAUGCCUUACCUAAUCAAGCGGAAUCCCCUGUUACCUGUUGUCUACAACUACAAGAUUCCAUUGAACGUCAACACAGCAGAAGGGGAAGAGUGGAUCAGUACAGGUCUCUACCUGUCUCCUGGUAUGAAGACUUACAUGGCGUUACCUGCACAGAUUGUCAACAAGGGAUGGAAGGUCCAAAUUGGUUGUCAAACAGACCAUCUUCAGCAUGAAGAGUUGAAAAGAGCACCCAAAGUUCAUGAGCGAUUUUCCGUUACCACGGGGAUGUUGCUGGUGUGGAACUUGUGGGGGGGUCUGGUCUACUUGGUGGCCCCACCGAAAACCCAAGUCGGGGGCUUAGAGGUCACAGUGCAAAUAGCUGUGCCAGCGCCUUAUUAUAAAUCUGGUGCCACAACACUAGCCGAUUGGUCUCUGCGGCGCACAGCUCCUUCCCCCUGGGCCGAGUUGGAGUUUCAGAACAUUAUCCUCACCGUAUACUCAGAUGUCAUACGGACGCUAGAUCGGCCAGAUUUGUUGGCGGCAUUCUGGGACACCAUCAUGAGAAGCAUUGCUGACCUGGCUGCAAAACCACACACAUAUGCCCGUAAAGAACGCUUUGUCGCAGAUGUGCAGAUUUCUCAUGGGUGGAUGCAUGCAGGAUACCCAGUUAUGAUGCACAAGGCCUCAGCAGCUAAUUUGGUCAAUCUUGAGCAUGCCAAGAGCAAAGGUCUGUGGGGGUCAAUUCAUGAGCUUGGACACAAUCAGCAGAGAGCAUACUGGGAGUUCCGACCACACACCACAGAGUGCACAUGCAACCUUUGGUCAGUGUAUGUGCAUGAAGAGGUGUUAGGGAUCAACAGGGCAAAGGCUCACAGCGCAAUCACUCCAGACAAAAGAAAGAAUCGAUUGCAGGAAUUUGUAAAAGAGGGCAAGCCACUUGGCAAGUGGGAAGUGUGGGUGGCUCUGGAAACAUACUUGCAGCUCCAGGAAAGAUUUGGUUGGGGUGCUUUCAAGAGCGUGUUUGCUGCUUACCACACCAUGAACAACUUUCCAAAGGACAACAACGGAAAGAUGAACCUCUAUGCCGAAACCUUUUCGCGGACGGUGAAAAUGAACCUCUCUGGGUUCUUUAAGGCCUGGAGCUGGCCUAUCGAGAGAGCUACUGAGGAGAAACUAUCCCAACUUCCUCCCUGGACUGACCACCCCAUGGUCAAGUACGGUUAAACAUUUGACUGGUGACGAUUUGAGUGCAGGAAUCUGUUAGACUUGCUGCUUUUACUCCAUUUGUUUUAUUAUUGAGGUUAACAUAUUUUACACUACUCUUGGAAAGGUGUUCCUCUUAAACAGGUUCUCAUUGUUGUCAUUUUUCCUUUUAUAUGGGUAAAACAAUGACUCUUAUGGUUAUGAAUAAGGUGGUAUGGUAUGGUAUUAAUGACAUAUGGUAUUAAUGACAUUUGUAACACUGACGGCAGUGAUUUUACUGCACGCAAACAAGUGACGCUAAUAAGCUUGAGAAAGGGAACAAUAAAUAUUUACACACAAAACA